UCCCGGACAAACUAGAUCCAGCCUGGCCCGACGCGCCUGUGCUGCGCUUCAUGGAUGCUUCAGCAGCUCAGCAUCCUCAGCCCUGCCCAGCUCAGCGGAACUGAAGCACAGUGACACGGACAAAUCUCACCGCUCUCUCCUCCUGAGGCUCUACUAUACACUGCAUAUACUAGAGUGUCUCCUAGUGGUGUUUGCCAUGGCAAACAGAGGGCCCAGCUAUGGACUGAGCCGGGAGGUGCAGGAGAAGAUCGAGCAGAAGUACGACCCAGACCUGGAGCAGCGGUUGGUGGACUGGAUAGUCGCACAGUGUGGGGGAAACCUGGAGAGGCCGCAGACGGGCAGGGAGAACUUCCAGAAGUGGCUGAUGGAUGGGACGAUCCUCUGCAGGCUUAUCAACAGCCUUUAUCCGAGGGGGAAGGAGCCUAUCAAGAAGAUUCCAGAGACUCAGAUGGCCUUCAAACAAAUGGAGAAGAUCUCUCAGUUCCUGCAAGCAGCUGAAGCUUAUGGAGUUAUAACCACUGACAUAUUUCAAACUGUAGACCUCUGGGAAGGAAAGGACAUGGCGGCAGUGCAAAGAACUCUCAUGGCUCUGGGGAGCAUGGCGGUCACGAAGGAUGAUGGUCAUUACAGAGGCGACCGUGACUGGUUUCACAGGAAAGCCCAGGGAUAUCGGCGAGAGUUCAGUCAAGAGCAGCUCCGCCAAGGCCAGAGUUUGAUCGGCCUGCAGAUGGGCAGCAACCGCGGGGCUUCCCAGGCUGGUAUGACGGGCUAUGGUAUGCACCGUCAGAUCAUGUAGACCACCCACUAGCUAACCCGCUCCCCUGCUUCCAGACCUUAUUUUCUACUAAUGCCACAAAAGUUGUAACAGUCAUAUCCUUUGUAGCGCCUGCCAUGUUAACCUCAACUUCCCUGGAACUGCUGCUUUUCCCAAACAGAGUGUUUGUGUCAAAUGCUGUAGACCCCCGUCUGCAAGCUCCUGCCCCUGUUCCUCUCUUCCGUUUUGCCAUGUGCUGCUCCCUCUGUAGCUUCGUUAACUCUGUUUCCUCACUUUCUACGUCCAGCUGAUUAAUGUGGAACACCAAGUCAUUCAAGGUCAAUUUGGUCUGAUUGAGAAUUUAAGAUCUCUACACAAAACAAGCCAUCAGUGUUAUAAACAUUUCAGAUCUGAGAUACUGCUACAGCAUGUUGUAUGCUAUUUACUUGUAUUUAUGUAUCCAUGUAUUUACAUUUAUCAUUGGUUACUGCUUUCGGAUGGUCUGUACCUGUGUAAUUAUUUAGCCUUAAACCUAAUGGAACGACUAACGAUGUCUCUGCUGUCUUGUCUGAAGACUUGUUGCAGUAUCCUCUGUAACCAAAUCAACCUCACGUUGUGCCUGGUUAUGGGACUACAGAGACUGGGUCCUGAUAUAUUGGCCUCAAAUUCUAAAUGAGUCUGACUCAUUCUGAGCCAUGCCCUUGUCAUUUGUUUGUUAGAUUACAUCUUUGUGUCCAUUUUGUGUCCAAGCAAGGAAAUGUGCAGUAGCCAACAUGUAUGAUAGUGAAGUUUCCAUGUCUGGUGCCAGGUAAAGACAUUGCUUGAAUGUGCACUUUUAUGUAUUGUCAUGUUUAUAUUUUUUAAAUAUAUUUAUAUCUGGAAGCUUGUGAGAAGAAUCACUGA